GUCAGCAAAGGAUGUUCCUGACAUCCCGGACAUCUGUCAGAAACAGUGCUUGGGCGAUACGAUGCACACGUUCUUGCAUCUCCAGCUUCUCCGGGGUCAAAGAUCCCCGAACAGAGUUAGCCCAGGCUCAAGCUCCCGUCGGCCUCUUGCAGCUGCCUCGCACGCGCGGGGAAAGGUUGCGGCAUUUGGAGAUCCUCGACCAAGUUCCAUUCGAUCUCGUUAAUGCUUACCAGGAACGUGAGGCGGAGCGAGGUCAGCUUGUUGGUGCAGCUCGAGGCCCCAUCGGGAAGAUCCUGAGACGACAUCGACAGGAUGAUUCGACGACUUUGAUCCGAACAAUGCUCAAGGCAUGUGUGGAGAAACGCUGGGAUCCGAUGCUCUGGGACACUUUCGUGGAAGCCGUGCAGACAGAGCAGCAUCGGCUGACUCCCAGCGAUAUUGGUCUUGUCUUGUUCUGCUUCAUGAAGGCCGACUAUCGACGUGACGCGUCCCUUGUCCCAGGGCUGCUGAGGAUCUUGGCCUCUCUUGCCGCGAUGCCAGCUGCAUCUCCUCGGGCUGCACCCGGACAUGCUUCGAACACGCUGGCGACGGUCGCCACAGCAUCCCUUCCCACAAGUGGGCGGAAGCAUCGGAGAAAAAGCAUGCAGACAGGCGCUCUGAAGGCGAGGCCGGGGGCGCGUCCUGCGAAGAAGGCGUCCUUUCCUGAGUAUGCUUUGCUUGCGAGCUUUGCCGCGGCCCAGAGCUUUAACUUGGGCAAGGCCUCCGCGGAUGACCUGGCCAAGUUGUGUACUCGAGCUUUGCAGAGUUCUUCUGAACUUUCAGGCCGUGUCCUGUGUCGAUUGGUGCACCACAGCGGCAGUCUUAUCCAGGCGACUGGAGGAUGCGGCCCUGCAUUGAAACUGCUGUUGGGGAUGCAGAAGGAGCUUCGCCAGCGUCUACUGGCUCAGCACGCAGGAGCAGAAGCGGCAAUAUCGGCAUCUGAUCUAUGCCUGGUAGCGCAUGCCUACGCGCAGAUUCCGCAGCGAGCGGACAAAGGCUUGUUUCAGGAAAUUGAGAAGAGACUACUGGAUGGUGCAUCGCUUGUCGAGCUCAGUGCUGGUGAGCUGUCCAACCUGGCCAAUGCAUUCUCAAAGCUCUCGGAUGUGGAGCGGAGCGGACAUGUGGAGCUAUUCCACAGGUUGGGAUACCAGCUACUGAGCGUGUCAAGUUCAAUGGAGCCAGGAGACGUGAGGGGCCAGGCAGAGACACAGCUGCGGACAGCCUCCGUUGCCUUGAAUGCAUUCUCGUCAGCAUCGGUUCGGCAUGAACCGUAUUUCGUCGCUUGCCAAGAGAACCUGCCGGCACUGCUGCAUUCGCCGGAAUGCGACAUGCGCCAGCUUGCCAUGAUAGCACAUGCUUAUGUUCGCGUCAGCCUUCUGCAGAGUUCCCUUCUUCCCUUGAUCUGGGACCGUGCGAGCCGCCUUGCAACAUCCUGUGAUGGCCAAAGUGCUUCGCUCAUCAUCUUCGCAGCCACCAAGGCUUCGGCAGUGAGCCAACCUUCAGGCAUGGGCUUGCUGCACGCAGUGUCUUCGCGUUUCCUGGACUUGCUCAAAGGAGACGUUGGGCGGGUCUCACCACAAAACCUCGUUGUGACUGCGUACGCGCUUGCGAGAGGUGGCUCUGUAAAUUCCGUGUCUCACGAGCUGUGGAUUCUGAGUGCAGAGCGCGGGGUGGAUGGACUCAACCAUCUGUCACUCUCUGAGGCCGCAAACUUGGGUGCUGCUCUCGCAGAGGUGUACAAGACGAUGCAGGAUGGGACGACCAGCCGGCAGGCGUUCAUGAGGUAUUUUCUGGCACUGUCCCAACGCUUGGAGCGCGAGUUUUCAGGUGCCACCACCAGGUGUCCUUCGCCUGAAGCUGUGGCCAAGCUCGUAACCGCUUUCGGAGAUGUCCGCUGCCACGAGGCCGCCGGCAUUUCGCAGAGGAUAAGCAGGAAAUGUUUACUGCCUGUGCUGCUGCGCAGCUCGACGCUGCCAGUUCGCUCUGUGGCCCAGGCACUGUCUAAUCUUCAGGAUGUUGCCUUCGUAGAAGAUCUGCACAGGUCGUACCCUCCCUCUCGAUUGACCCGCUACAAGUGCCCGCAUGGUAUGGAGGUGUCAGCUGUGAGGAGACUGUGGUGCGUGCCAUGGUUGAAUGCGGGGGUCCACAUGUGCGAAGCACAGGCCAAGCACGCAGGAGUCAAAGAGCUUCUGGCCGGCCGUCUACGCUCACUGCAGGUUUUGCAGGACAUCUGGGCGGCAGGUGAUGCCGCGGGGCUUGUGCAAGUGCUGGAGGCAUGUGGGGAUGACUCCUUGACAGCAGCUUGCUUGAAUCGUUUCGUGCUGACUCCAAAUCCACUUCCGGUACAGUCAUUGGCGAGGCUGCUGCCGCUGGCGCAGAAACUCUCCCAGGCGGACUGCGAGGAGCAUGCUGUGGCCGCUGUGCGCUUUGCCCUUCAUAACUUGAGGGUCUCCUGGCCCGCCAUCGCAAAGCUUCUCAGAAGUGUGUCAACUCCAAGAGUGGUCCUCGAGUCCUGCGAGGAGGCGGUGCUUCGCCUCCAGUCCUUGUACUCCACGGUGAAGGCGCUCUCCCGAUCGGUGAAGGUCUCGAAGACCAGCGGGCCGCUGGUCCCGCUUUGCAAGAAGCUCAAAGUGAGCCUGGAGGAGGCCCUGGUCGGUGCUGGACGGCUUCGCAGUUGA